AUGUGUUCUGGCAUCCGCGCAACUUUGGCCCGACGUUUGAACAACUUCAAGUUCGCAUCCCGAGUCUUCAUACUUCAGCAAGAAGCUUCAUUAAGACUCAGAGUCGCGAUGCGUGCCUCACCGCUUGCUUUGGCCGCCGCCCUUACCGUGGGUGGCGUAAAUGCUGCCCUGAGUGUUGUUCCAGGGGCAACAUGGACUGCCACGAACACUGGAGAGCACGUCCAAGCUCAUGGCGCAGGUAUCAUUGAGGAAAAUGGUGUUUACUACAUGAUUGGCGAGGAGAAGACAGACGGUGCUGCGUUCCAAGCAGUCAACUGCUACUCUUCCACGAACUUGAUUGAGUGGAGCUUCCAGGGGCGCCUCUUGACUCGAACCGAGGAAGCCGGUGACCUCGGCCCCAAUCGCAUCAUUGAGCGACCCAAGGUGACCAAGAACGAUGCCACUGGAAAAUACGUUCUGCACCUCCAUAUCGACUCUUCCGACUAUAAGGAUGCCAAAGUCGGUGUUGCGACGGGCGAUAGCGUCUGUGGCCAGUAUGAGUAUAUCCGCAGCUUCCGCCCCUUCGAUUUCCAGAGUCGCGAUAUUGGCAUUUUCAAGGACGAUGAUGGAAGCGCCUACUUGUUGAGCGAGGACCGGGAGUAUGGUACUCGCAUCAUCAAGCUCACAGAUGACUACCUCGAUGUUGCUGAAGUGACAUUUGGCUGGCAGUACUUCGCCGAGUCACCCGCGCUUGUCAAGCGCGAUGGCACGUACUUCAUCUUCGGCUCUCACCUUACGGGAUGGAACCCCAACGACAACGUCUACAGCUACGCUACGUCUCUUUCCGGACCUUGGUCUAACUGGACGGAGUUUGCACCCGUCGGCUCAAAGACUUACAACAGCCAAGUCAGCUUCGUCCUCCCCCUUGGCACAGACAAGGCCAUCUACAUGGGUGACAGAUGGCACUCGACUAACUUGGCAGCGAGCACCUACAUCUGGCUGCCUCUUCAAUUUGACGGUACUACCGUGACUCUCAACUGGCAUGAUUCCUGGAACCUCGACACUGCUGCAGGCACCUGGUCCGAGAGUACAAUCACAUCCGAGAUCGAGGGCGAGACUGCCGCGCUUUCGAACGGUGCUCGCAUCGUCGACUGUUCGCAGUGCAGUGGCUCUUCGGCCGCAGGGUAUCUGGGCGGCGACGAAGAUGGAACUGCUACCUUCAACUUCACCGUGGCUACAGCUGAUCGGGUCACCCUCGUCGUCAACCACAAGAACGGCGAUACCGCCUCUCGACAUGCUGCAGUAUCUGUCAAUGGAGAAGAGCAGGCAGUUGCUUUCCUUUCGACUUCUCAUCUCUCUACUACUGGGAGCAGCGCCAUUCACGUCAACCUAAAGGAGGGAGAAAAUGCAGUCACGUUCUCGAGGUCUGAGGGAUGGGGUCCGGAUGUUGACCAGCUGAUAGUGCCUGGCAUAUAG